GUAAAACGUUGCAGCGACUAUUCUUGUGUUAAUUUUUACUGGGUUGAUGUCAUCCGGUUGUACUGAAUUAAGAAUCGUCCUUAUAUAUAAAUUUUGAUGUUUCAAGAGAACAUCUUCUGAUGUCAUACAAUAUCGACAAGAUGUAAAUAGAAGAAAAUGAUGAAGUUAAAGUUAUUGUCUUGCUCGUCCUCUUGUCGUGAACUUUACGACGGGAAGCGAUUCGUCGAGUGAGCCUCAACGAGUCACUACCGGUGGUGGCCAUCGAAGAAAGACGCAGGAAGCGAUCGAGCGACUUAGGAAAAUAGAUUUGAUGAACAAAGCGACCGAAGCUAGCAACUACAUGAGCAGAAACUGAUGGAGCAUCUUGUUCAAAGAACAACUUUCUAGUCGGAGGAGCUCGACAAAAGAAGUCAACAUCUCUAUUAACCUACGACCAGCACUAUCAACCUACGAUCCGGUAGACCGUCAACAACACUAUUGACCUACGACCAGCACUACUAGACAGAAACUUCUACAACCACUACUAGCACGUACAACUAGAUACUUCUCGGCGACAACUACGCUACGAGCCUCCAGUAGCUGUGCACGAUGGACAAGGGCGCGAUGUCAGUGUCUGACCGUUCAGAGAACGGAUCAGAUGUUGCACUAGGAUGGGUACUUCUACAGUCGUCUGAUUCAUAUGAUGUCUUGAAAACUUAAUAGAAUUAUACUUGCUAGUCGAGUAAAAAGAUCGAUGAACCACACGAUCAGGCAAAAAUGUCAUCUUGUAAGGAUGAUUACACGAACUAAAAAAAAACUGUCCUCGUACUAUAAUCUAGGUCUUAGAAAUAUUGAUUUCCAACAAGAAGCAUCAAACAUGUUAUGAAGAUCAUCGAACUCCUUUCAAGUCUGGUGGUCUGUUCAACACCGACCAGGCUGUGAGUUGCGAUUGGAAUUCUAAGAGCCCGCCCCUGUGCCUGGUGCGGCUGACCUGGUGGCGCAGCAUUGUUGUAGGUCAUUUUCUUUGUACUAAAUCAAAUGUUCAAAUGUUCUUUUUCUCAAAUUUCAGAUAUCCUGGUUCUGCAGCGUGCCGUCGCACGAGUUAUUUUGCGAAGUUGAUGAGGAUUACAUAAAAGACAACUUCAACCUCUACGGGUUGCGAAAUAGGCUGCAGGUAUAAUGGAUCAGGGUGGUUGUAUCUAUACUUCUGAUUCUGUACAGACAGGAGUAUAAAGAUUUGUAGAGGAGUAAUAUAACUUAGAUGAAAUAGAUACGAAAACUCUGUAGCUCAAGAUAGAUCUCAUCUCUCGACAGGAGUAUAAAAAUUUAGAUGAAGUACCAGAUAAGAAAACUCUUAACGUCCGUCUCUCAACAACACUGUAACUGUUCCUUAAAGUUUCCUCCUACAGUAGAUGAGAAAACUCUGUAGCUCAGCAUCCGUCUGCUCUCAUCACUCUUCCAAGUAGGUGACAACUUCUAUGAUGAAAUCCACCAUCACAUCACAUCACACCCUCAGUAUUACGAUCAUGCGUUAGAAAUGGUAUUGAUGCCGGAAGCACCCGAUGAGGAUGAGCUCCAAGAUGCCGACUUCCUAGAAGUAUACAGAGAUGCCCAGGAUCUCUAUGGACUCGUCCAUGCUAGGUAUUUUUACGUUUAUUGAUGAUUCUUGUAGUUCUACUUGAAAGAACUCGUUCUCGCGAUGGAAUACCGAUCAUCAGCUGUUCCUUUAUUGACUAUGUCACUCAUCUUCUGCAGUGAUGAUUCCUUUCCUGUAUGAUAUUCCUUCUUCAAUCAUCAUCACAAGGACAAUAAUCACAAGGAUACUGCUUUCCCUCUUCACCAGAUAUAUCCUUUCACCACGGGGUCUCGAAGCCAUGCGAGAGGGCUUUGUCAACAGCGUCUUCGGCACUUGCCCGCGCGUCAAGUGUCACCAGCAGAGCGUCUUGCCAGUUGGCACCAGCGACGAACUACGAGUGUCUAGGGUAAAGAGCUACUGUCCUAGAUGUGAGCAGCUCUACGCAACCAGAUCGACGUACUCAGACAUAGAUUUAAGGCCAUUCAUCUAUAAUUCAUCUUUCAAAGUUUGGACUCAGACAUAGAUUUAGGGCUUCAUUUAUUAAUUCAUCUUUCAAAGUCUUUGGAGGGACGCUUUUAGGGACGUUUUCUUCACGGGGAAAACGAUCUCAGGAUGGACUUCGAGAUGGGUUACAGGUUAUGAGCUCUAAUAGAUGGAGCCUAUUUCGGAACCAGUUUUCCGCACGUUUUCUGUCUCAGUUUUCCGGAACUAGUGCCGUUGCGCAGAGCAGAGCCGUAUGUUCCCAGGCUAUUCGGGUUCAAGAUUAGACAGCCACCAGGGCUCAUCUAUCGAACGGUGGAGGCGGCGGAAAAGGUAUUUCUUAACCCUAAGGACUCUGUAAAAUUACAAAUCAAGGUACUCUGUCGUCACAAGAACAACUCCACGAGAAUGAUGAUGAAUAUAUAAUCAUCAUCGAUGAAUUACUUAUAAUGACCACGACUACAGAAAAGACUUAAUGAUCCGCAUUUAGUCUCAGACUCCAUGAUAAUAUCGUUGUAGUCUCUUUCCUCCCCCAGGCCGAAAACGAGUGGCUCGAGCGGAACGGGUACUCUCUAGAAAGCGUAGCCGAAUUUAGAGCGCUUCCUGCACCACCCACGACGACUAAAGCAGCGGACCCCUGAGAACUAUGACUUCUCUACUUUGAUGAUGUUGACUUGACAACAACUUGAUAGAAUUCCAGGUUGUUGUACAUAGAAGAACGUUGCCCUUAGUGAUGUCAUGUCCCCUGUAUGAUUCCUCGCCCCAGGAAAUCCACAACACAUUCUUCUUCUUUGACGACGAUAAAUUUACAUCCAUAUUUAUACAAUAGUUUACAACACUUCUUACACUUACAUGAUCAACAGUAAUAAAACAACAUUUAUACAAUUAUAGGUUACUACUUCUACUUCUACAAGAACUACAGCAAACUAUCUGUAGUACAAGGUCGGUGUGAGUGUGUAUCGGCACACAGACAGCGGCAAACGACCGGUCAUGAUAGUAUUGGAAGUGGUCUAUGAUGCAUACAUGCGCGAAAUCGUUGUUCAGCCAGUGGAGCAACCUCCUAGAGCUAUCUAGUAGCAGAAUGCAUCCUAUAGUCUGUACCGUGAAUGACCGAGCAUCAACGAUCCUGAUACCUUAGAGUCAGUGAUCACUGGUGGAUCAUUGUGUGACAUUGGACGGGGUGAGAUCAUGAACAACAGAUCUGAUGUCGUUAUCUCAACGGCGAUUGAGGCAUUGUCCACGUCGAUCAUGUGCUGGAAUCGAGCGAGUGACUUGAUUGAGUGCUGAACUGUGCUGGAGGGAUCCUAUUAUAGCGUAAGUUGGCGCAGCUAAGUACUUAUGCAAAAGUUCAGAAAGUGUGACUUCUGUUGCAAGUUAUGUAGUAAGAAAAA